AAUGGCUGCCUGACAGUCGUUCUUAAAAUAGAGAUCUUGUUUUCUCUAUCAACUAGUUUAGAAGACAUGGAACCUAGUGACAAAGGUAGUGCUAAACCUAACAGUGUAGUACCUAAAUUAAAGUUAAAUGAAGAAGACGAGUCCGAUCGAAAGGAUGAUGACCACAAACUGUCAAAAACUCGAGAUGAUGAAACAGUCCAACCUGAUUGUCCUGUAUGUCUUCAGGCUGCUAUAUAUCCAGUUGUGUUGCCAUGCAAACACAUCUUUUGUUUUUUGUGUGUGAAAGGUGUGGCCAACAGGAAUAAGAAAUGUGCUCUUUGCCGUCAAGAAAUACCAGCAGAUUACUUCAGGCAUCCAAAUCUAAUGCGCAAGGAGGACUUGCAUGAAUCGUUGACUUUUGACAAUGGUUUUCAGUGGUUUUACGAAGGUGUGAAUGGCUGGUGGCAGUAUGACGACCGCACAAGUAUCGAUUUAGAGACUCAUUACAAGAAAGGCGAUAAAGCAUUUGAGAUGUUAAUAGCAGGAUUCUUAUAUAUAAUCGACCUGGACAACAUGGUCCAGUGCAGGCGAAACGACCGGACGAAGAAGAGGAAAAUAAAGCGGGAUCUUUCCAACAAUAUUCCGACCAAGAAAGGCAUCGCAGGACUCAGUCUGAGAAAUCGAAAUGCUGAACCACAUUCGGAUCGUCCUGUAGCAGAUGGGGAUGAAGUUGAUCGGUCCGCAUCCAUUGGAAAUCAACAGAUUAUGGUCCCAAUUCCAUUCACCCAACAGGUGGAUAGAGACGGUGGCUACACAAACUCUCUGUCACCCCCUACACCAUAUAACACCCCCCAGACCCCACAAACUCCAGCAGAAAGCCCUCCCAACAGUGCUGCUGUGGAGCAAGAGUUGUCGGCCAAUCUCGACCAGUUGCGUCUUGGCGACGGCAACCACAAUUCAGUGACACCUCCGGAGUAUCUGAGCCAGGACGAUACAGCGGCUAGUUCGCCGCGGUCGGCUAACAAUAAUAACAGCAGUUCACAGACACGACAACUGGAAGAUGUUCGUGCAAGCUUGCAGGAGAUUGAAUCAAAUAUUUAUGAUCAGAUGGAUGAUGGAAUUGCUUCAGCGGAACAGGAUUCAGCUGAUGAAGAAUGUGUAGUGGUCUAAUGGUGCUGAAGUUAAUGGUGGGGGAGCAACCCCCCCACCCCCCACCCCAAAAAAAAUAUCCUCUUCAUUAGUGUUAUGUAUGCUGCUGCUGCUGGGUAUUGUAAAAAAAUUAGUUUCUCUUAAAUAUUGUUUACCAGACAAGGCUUUAGAUUUCACUGUGUAUUUUGUUUGUUGACGCAGUGAAGCAUUUAUUUGACUCAGUGAUGUAAUCAACAGUUGGGAUUAUGGCUCCCAUUUGGUGAAGAAUUGUACUUACAUAAUCAUUGAAUUAGGCUUGUUUGGGUUUUUUUUUUUUUUAUGUAGCAGGUUUUCCAAGACUAUAUGGCAGAAUUACCAAAUGUUUGACAUCCAACAGCCUUUGAUGAAUAAAUCAAUGACAUUGAA